AUGACCGAUUUCAGCAUCACCUCCAUGCCCUUACCUCCAUCAUUCACUUCCAUCCGGGACAUGGACAGCGAUAGCGACGCCGAAGAGAUCGAAGACAUGGUCGCUCCUCCUCGCAAGGACAAGGGAAAGGGGAAGAUGAGGUAUUUGCCGGAGCUGCCGGAGGAAGUGUGGCGGCGAAUCUGGGCAUUCUACUAUGGUCGAUGUGCCGAGGAAUGGCAUGAUCAAGGCUACAUGAGCAACGCGCUCGCCCCAAUCAUGCUCUCUGCCGAGCACACCCAGAUGGCCCUUCCCAUUCUCUACGCCCACCCCGUAGUCAGCCACAAAGCGAUCCCAGCCUUCCUUCGCGCUCUGGCAACUCCUUCUCCCUUCAUCGAAAACGGCGAGACACCCUCCAAGCUCGUCCGUCACCUCACCGUCCAAGCUUCGGCCCCAUCCGCGGGCAGGGUUCUACCAAACAACCUUUUCGGUGCCCGCCAGCCUACCGUCCAUCCCCUCCUUCCGCGACUAUUCUCUUACCUUCCCCGCCUCGUGACUUUUCACCUCAAAGAUACCCUCGUGCUCCAGACCAACGACGCCAACACCCUCUUCUCGGCCCUGCAACUCAUACACCCGAAGAAGGCUCGGCUCGAGAUUCGGAUGUGGGACCUCACCGACUCUCCCUUUGGCGAAGACCUCAUGGCCGCUACCCGUCCCUCCAUCUACUCUUCGAUGUCUCGAUCCACCGGGUCUCCCCCUGGCGCUCAGGGAGCCAGGCUAGGACAGCGGUCCAUGCAGAUGACUGAUGCUGGGCGGUGUGCCAUCCAGGAACAAUGGCGUGAUGCCCUCUGGAAGGGUAUGGAGCUGGAUCUCCCAUCUUGGUGGAUAGAAAUCCCCAAGGUGCCGUCCACAACCAUACCAGGUGCAAACCAAGGUGCCGCACAGGGUGUUGUGCCAGGCGGUGGCGCAGGGGGACUCGCAGCCCUGGCUACGAUUUAUGCUCAGCAGCUCGUAGCCGGCGCUGGCGGCUUCGGCUUUCAGCAUCUUCCACAGCAAGCCCACCCCCACCCCACGUCUGGCGGUACGGCGCCCGCGCUACCGCCCGCAAUGAACAAUGCGCCCCCGCCCGGUCCUCAGCAUGGGACUUGGCCUAAAAGCCUUGAUAUCUGGGCCCACUCUGGCGACUCGUCGGCUGACCUCGACAACAACCACCCGACUCCUGGAUCUACCUCCAGCGGUCCCAGCUCGGCUCCUCCUGGCGCGUGGUGGAGUCAAGACGACCAUCACUCGGUCGACAGCGAGAGCGACAUGGAGGACGAAGUCCUCAUGCAGCGGCUGGGCAGAUGGCGCGGGGAACCUCUGGCCGGUGGAGGCUCGGGACUCUCCGGAUCGAGCACACAGACUGCCCCGGUGCCACCUCCGCCGUCUGUUGACCCGGUCGCCACCGAUGCGGCUCCUACUCCAGGCUGGGCGCGGCUGCCGCGACGCAAAAUCGUCGUCCGAGAGGUCGACGUUCCGGCCAACCAUGUACCCACCGGGGACGCGUCAAGCUCUGAGAUGGUGUCGAUCAAGACCGGCGGCACCAUCGACUGGCGGGAAGCCCGGAGUGCCCUCAUCGCUGCCCACAUGGCAACUCUUAUCCAGGCGAACUCGGCCAUCGCUAGCGGCGCAACUCCUGCCCCGCAGCCUCAGGCUACAUCCGGCUCCCAUGUACCCAUUGGAGCUGACCCCGACGACUUCGAAUUCAUCUCAAGCGCGCCGGGGGGUGGGUACUACGAAGCAAUGGUCGAAAUGUCUCGCAUUGUCGGUCAGUCCACUCAACCUGCCGCGCCCUCAAAGGUCCAGCAAAUCGCCGCUCCUCCGCAGAUCCCCCCUCCGGCCGUGCAACCCAUUCCCAAUCCUACCGACUAUAUCUCUCUUCUUACCCAUCCUCCUCAGCCGACCGCGAUCGGUAUGACGUCCUACCACCUGGCACAUGCCAUGCGCGGCCAGCUCCUCGAGCUCAUCACUGCGCACUGGAGCCCGACUCUCCAGGCGCUCUCGGUUGUGGCGUUUGACCCGCUCGCCACUCUUAUCGUCCGCUCCCCUACCCUCGAUCUAUGGGCGAACGCUCCCAUCCCGCAUAUCCGUAUCCACCUUCCUCGCGGUACCAACUCGCUCGCCGUCUUCAAGGGUGCGGCCGAGAAUCGGCGGGACCGACACCGGAACCAGCGGGCCACCAAUCAACCCCCCAUGCCGGGCGCGGACGACGAUGCGGAUGAUAGCGAGGAGGGACGCCGGAUCGUCGGUGGGGAUGGCCACGGUGGCGGACUUGUCAAUGACGAGACGAGGCUUUUUGAGAUUGAAGUCAAUACCCUUCGGGAGAUGGAGGACGAUAUGUGGGAUCAGGCGGGUGGACAGCUUCCCCCGCAGGUCUGCCGCAUGCUCGUCGGGGAGGCGGGACAGGGAUGGGAGAGUGUCCGGUGGCGAGCGGGAAGUACUCCGUGGAGCGCAAGGAGCAGGGUCGACGAGAGUAUGGACGUCGACCUGGAGGAUGCGCAGUCGGUGGGGCAGAGCAGCGAGGGGGAUUACCCCAUGUCGGACUUUGAGGACCUGGACCUGGAGGAGGAUGGGGAGAUGGAGGAUGAGGAUGAGGACGAGGAGGAUGGGAGGACGUAUGAUCGGGCUGCGGCGGAGGCGCAGGGCAGGCGGAUGAGCGAGCGGAACGCCGCGAAGCAGCAGCAGCAGCAGCAGGAGUAG